AUGCCAAUUCCAUCAUUUACACAUCCUAGCAAAACCUUGAGAUCACAACCUGAUGAAAAGCAAGAAAAAACAAAAAUACCUGCUGAAAGUAAUGCUAGCAUUAGUAGUAAGUCGAGAAAGAUUGUUGAUCAAGAUUUUGCAGAAUUUCUUCCAAAGAGACAAAGCAGCAAAAAAUCAAAAGAAAAAUAUAUCAAUUUGGAUGUGUUGAAUGAUUAUGAAGCUGCCAAUCUAUAUAAAGUUAUGUUCCAAGCUGAUGACAAUGAUGUCAAAGGAAUUGCAAGUAAACAACCAUGUAUUAAAAAACCAGACCUUUUGGAAGAUGCAGUGGCACAAUUAUCCAAAACAUACCUUGCAGAAGCACUACUUGAAUGCAAUAUCUUGGUUGCAAUUAAGCAUUUGCUGGAACCUUUACCUGAAACUAUAAGACAAUUAGCUACUCAACUUGUAGAAAAGUGGAGUAGAUCAAUACUUGGAUUAAGUGAUGAUUAUCGAGAAGUAGCUCCUACACUAUCAAGAAAGUUUACAACAACAACAAGCGAAUCAAUUGUAAGGAAAAUUUAA